CUGUCGCUUUUGUCUCAUCCCUCCCCACCUAUUUCAAUAAGCUAAAUCUCACUCCUUCACACUCUUUUAAACUCUCCAAAACCAAUCCACAUUCUAACAAACACACCCUCUUAAUUCUCCUUCUUGUUAUCCCAUUCCAUUCUCACAACCUUCAUCAAUUCUCAGAAUCCUUAAUGGGUUCUAGAGCACGAUGGCGUCAGAGUUGGGCUCCACAGCAAUUGACACCUUUAAUGGAAGGCCCUGACCCUGACAUGCAAGAGGAAGGAACCAAGAAGGAGAGUUCAUGGGAAACCAUAAGGGAAUGGUUCAGGGCCCAGAAGAUCAACCCUGGUGGUGGAUCAGGCAGCAUUAAUUCACAGUCAUUUUAUGGAACCAUUCAUGCCAAGACCCAAGAUUUGAGGUUGUUGCUUGGUGUCUUGGGCUGUCCCCUGGCUCCAAUCCCCUCUGCCCCAGAUACUACCCUUGGCAUUCACAAUCACAUCAAAGAUACCUCAUUUGAAACUUCAACAGCCAAGUACAUUAUACAACAGUACUUGGCGGCCACAGGGUGCCUGAAGCAGCAAAAGGACACUAAAAACAUGUAUGCCACUGGGAUGGUGAAGAUGAUUUGCUGUGAAACAGAGAUUUCAUCUGGGAAGAAUGUCAAGUGUUUGGGGACAAGGAGCAGUGAAAAUGGUUGCUUUGUGCUUUGGCAGAUGCUGCCGGGAAUGUGGUCUCUUGAGUUGGUUGUAGGUAGUCACAAGGUGGUUGCUGGCAGCAAUGGCAAGACGGUGUGGCGGCACACGCCGUGGCUAGGCACACACGCUGCCAAAGGCCCACAACGCCCCCUUCGUCGCAUUAUUCAGGGCUUGGACCCGAAGAGCACAGCAAGUCUAUUCACCAACGCACAGUGCUUAGGCGAGAACCGAAUCGGGACCGUUGAUUGCUUCGUGUUAAAAGUAUCAGCCGAUCGUGAGGCUGUGGUUGAAAGAAGUGAGGGCCCCGCAGAGGUGAUAAGGCACAUACUAUACGGCUACUUUUGCCAAAAAAGUGGACUCCUCAUAUACCUUGAAGACUCACACCUCACAAGGGUCCCAACACAGGAUGAUGAUACAGUGUAUUGGGAGACCACCAUAGGCAGCAGCAUAGGCGACUAUAGAGACGUUGAUGGGGUCUUGAUCGCGCAUCAAGGGCGAUCCAUCGCGACGGUGUUUCGGUUUGGUGAGCUCUCAAUGCAGCAUAGCAGGACUAGGAUGGAAGAGAUUUGGACCAUUGAUGAUGUUAUGUUUAAUGUGCCUGGACUCUCUAUGGAUCACUUCAUUCCUCCUGCUGAUAUCUUUGAGAAUGUAAAUUCUCCAUGACAAACUAAACCUAGAGAAUGUUGAUUCUCCAAGAUAAACUAACUUUCUUAGUUUUUUUUUCCAUGUUAAUGUGAAUUGUAAUUUUACUUUGGAGGGGGGUAUAAUGAAAGUAUUGGUGGGGGGUGUAAUUUUGUUAUCUUUGUUGUCGUUCAUUAAUGUAUGUUUGUAGUCAGUAGUUUGUCUUCCAAGUCAUUAAGCUCAAAUGACAAAUUCAAGAGGGAAUGGAAUAAAGAUUAUGAACUUGGCCGGUGUUGGUUCAAAAAGUUUGUUUAGGGACUUAGCCAAUGUAGAUCGGUGAAAUAACCAAUUAGAUUGAUUUUUUAAUCAAAGCGAUUGUUUAAGGAAUGAAUUAUAUAUGUUUCUCA